CUACUGCCGGUGGCCCUCUCGCCCUGCCACCCGCCCUGCUGGCCAGCCUGAGCCAUGGGCAGCCUGGCUUUCCGGCUUCUGCUCCUGCCUUUCCUGGCACCUGUGGCCACCACAGCCGUCAAUCCAGCCCUAAGGGCCCUCGCCAGCCUAAAUUUGCAAAUCUUCCCCACAUUCCAACCCGAGGAGGCCAAUAACUACUCAAUUUAUUACUUCGAUCAGAAGAUUGAUCAUUUUGGAUUUUAUAAUACAAAAACUUUUAAGCAGCGGUACCUAAUAUCUGAUAAAUACUGGAAGACAUAUGAUGGUGUAAUACUUUUCUACACUGGCAAUGAAGGGGAUAUUACCUGGUUUUCAAAUCAUACGGGGUUCAUGUGGGAUGUGGCCGAGAAGCUAAAAGCUUUGUUGGUGUUUGCUGAACAUCGAUACUAUGGGGAGUCCCUUCCCUUUGGUGAUGAUUCCUUCAAGGACUCCAAGCACUUGAAUUUUCUGACAUCAGAACAAGCUCUGGCUGAUUUUGCAGAGUUAAUUAGACACUUGAAAAGAACUGUCCCAGGAGCCGAUGGUCAACCUGUCAUUGCCAUCGGGGGCUCUUAUGGCGGUGUGCUUGCAGCCUGGUUCAGGAUGAAAUAUCCUCAUUUAGUAGUGGGAGCUCUUGCAGCUUCUGCCCCUAUCUGGCAGUUUGAAGAGUUGACGCCCUGUGGUGUGUUUAUGAAGAUCGUAACUGAAGAUUUUAAGAAAGGUGGUAUGAAAUGUUCGGAGAGCAUCCUCAGGUCUUGGGGUGCCAUUAACCGACUCUCCAAUACAGGCAGUGGUCUACCGUGGCUUACCAGAGCCUUUCACCUGUGCAGCACUCUAAACUCUGAGGACAUCCAGCGCCUGAAAGACUGGCUCUCUGAGACCUGGGUGAACCUGGCCAUGGUGAACUACCCGUACCCGGCCAACUUUUUAAAGCCUUUGCCUUCUUGGCCUGUCAAGGAAGUGUGCCAGUAUCUGACAAAUCCCUAUAUGUCGGAUUCCCUGCUGGUACAGAACAUUUACCAAGCUCUGAAUGUAUAUUACAAUUAUUCAGGCCAGACCAGAUGCAAUAAUAUUUCUGAAACAACAAUUGGCAAUUUAGGAUCCCGGGUUUGGGGCUAUCAGACCUGCACAGAAAUAAUCCUGCCUUUUUGCACGAAUGGUGUUGAUGACAUGUUUGAACCCCGUUCAUGGGACUUAGACAAGUAUUCCGAUGAUUGUUAUAAACAGUGGGGUGUGAGGCCACGGCCUUCCUGGGUCACUACCUUAUACGGAGGCAAAGACAUCCGUUCACAUUCAAACAUCAUUUUCAGCAAUGGUGACCUGGACCCAUGGUCGGGAGGUGGAGUUACCGAAGAUCUCUCCGAUACCCUGGUGGCAGUCAACAUCCCAGAUGGAGCCCACCAUUUAGACCUGCGACCCAGCACUGAGACAGACCCACCAUCCUUGCAGUUAGCCCGCUCUGUGGAACUCAGACACAUGAAGCAGUGGGUCUCAGAUUUCUACGGCAAUUACAGAAAGCAGCCCUGAGCAACUUUUCAAAAUCACUUUUACUUUCUUCUUUUAUGUUCGCUCCACCCACAUACCCAUUCACUUUGAUUUUUUUUAUAUGUAAUUACUUUCCCUCAUUUGUCAUUGUAUUUGUUGGGCCAAGGUCGAGACAGAAGAGCGUGACAGGGGUGGGCGCAGCCAUCCCACCCAGGUGACUGCUCCGUCCUCACUGCCUUUGUGCCAUCUCCAGGAAGAAUGCCAUCCUGGCAGCUCUGAUGCCAUCAGAACUGGCAUGGUUCCUGACUGUCUUUCACCAGAGGGAGAGCCACUUUUCUCCCAAGCGGGGAUGUCUCCUCGGUUUUGAGAUGGAAGUCUCUCUGGCCCAUUGUAAGCCCCCAUUCCUGCCACAAAAGGAAAAGCAGAAGCUGGAUUAAAAACGCUGCAGCUGCGGCUGGUGGGCUGUGUGAUGCCAGUCCAGGAAAGGGCCGCUUCCUGUGAGCUCCAUGACUGCCUUUGAACUGCAAUAAAGAACAAGGCAGACCUA